UGGACAUUGGAGGGGAGAAAGAAUGUUCAUGCUUUUGAUGCAAUGUCGUGUUAGUGAGUGGUAUAUUUCGCUUUCCUUGUUGUUUGGGAUUUAUAUAGAAAGUGAUUUACUUGACCUGUUGGAUACAUUUUAAAAGUUACAGAAAUCAUUGAAAAUAACUUUAUUAAUUUUAUUUUCGGAUUCCUAUAUAAAUUCUAUACAGAUGGUAAACAUAUAUUCAACUAAAUGCAUGCAAUAAAAUGACAUCAAAAUGACAUCGGUAGAGGCGCAGAAAGAUCUUACAGGUUCCUCGUAUCUACAAAAUUCAAUUACAAAUGAAUCACAAGAAGAAAAUUCACAAUCAGCAAAUGUCCAAAAAGGACAUAAUCUAAUUGAUAACAUUAACAAGGAAACAAAUAAAGUUGCCAUUGCGGAUACAAAGGACAACAUUAAAGAUGCACAGGAUAUUACAAAUUCUGAUCAAAAGGAAAGUAAAAAUGAGGAAGUGAUCAUUUUAGAAAACAUUAAGAAAGAAGUAAAAUGUAAUAUAAAUAAAAUAGAACGUAGGCAGAAUACAGGGAAGUUGGAUACAAUUUCUUCUGUUUCUGACAAUGACUUUAAGUCAAGUAAAAAUGAAAAUGUAAAAGAAACUGUGUUUAAAAGUGGAAAUAAUUUAAAAAGGACACGACGAAAUGUUAGUAUACAAGAGACGGAUGUUUCCUUAGAUGAAAAUUAUUUGAGAAAUAAGCGAAAAAGGAGAAAUACAAAUGAUAAAUUUUGUUGGCGAUGUCACAAGGAAUCUGUAGAAGCACAUUGUAGUGCUUGCCCUAGAUCAUGGCAUCGAAAAUGUAUAGGAAUGCAACAGUCGAUUAUUCAAAAUUGGAUAUGUGGGGAAUGUGCAGCUAUUUUACAGGCAGAGAAUGCAGAAACACGUUCUACAGCUAUGGCACAACUAUCUGUUGACCAAUUAUGUUUAUUACUGAAACAUGUAGUCGACAGAAUGAGAGAAUAUCCCGGUUCAGAACCAUUUUGGAAACCAGUGGAACUUUCUGAGGCUCCAAAUUAUUUAGAUUAUGUGGUAAAGCCAAUGGAUCUGAGCCUUUUAGAAUCGAAUGUUCGGGCUAAAUUAUAUGGUAGUACAGACGCAUUCAUGGCUGAUGCCAAGUGGAUACAACACAAUUGUAUUGUAUUCAACACAUGUGGUGGUGUAUACACAGAUACAUCUAAAUUAACGAAUGCCGCGAAACAGAUUAUUAAAUUGGCACGUCAGGAAGUAUCAGAAAUUGAAGCAUGCCCUGAUUGUUAUGCUCAUGGCAGAAACUUACCAAGACCACAACCAGCAUGGUUUAUUGAACCCUGUCGUCGUCCUCAUCCACUUGUGUGGGCGAAGUUGAAAGGCUUUCCAUUUUGGCCUGCUAAAGCUAUGCCUCGAAUCAAUUCUCAAGGUUUCAUUGAUGUACGAUUUUUUGGGGAACACGAUCGAGCAUGGGUUCCUCCGCGAGAUUUGUAUCUAUAUUCCGAAAACCCACCUGCUCCAUUACCGAGGAAGAGAAAAUUAGAUAUGGUAGAGUGUGUUAGGGAAAUUACUCGUCACUGUCGCAAGCUAGAACUUGUGUUUGGCCAAUUUACAUUUGCGCCUCCCAAAGUGCAAUAUAAUCCGCAUGAUCCAAUGCAAAUAAAAUUACUGUUACCAAAUUAUGAUCCUCUUCAUUCUAAUAACUGUACAUCACCGCAACUCUUGCUUCCCAAAAAGACGCCGCUUCUUAAAAAGCGGGUUCAUGUAAAAAAUAAUUUGCAAACAAACUCGGAAAAAGCAGACAAUUCCGAUACUGAAAAUAAAAUAUCAAAUGAGUUUAACGUAACUAACAAAGGAAGCAAAAUUGAAAAUAAAUCAUUUAAAGCAGAACAAGAAUCUGAUAACUUUCACAAAACCGAAACGGUUACGAUUACAACUAAUAAUUUAAAUGAACCAAGAGAAAGAAAAAGGAAAGUGAAUAUGCAAUCAGAGAAGAAUAUGUCAGCAAAGUUCAAAGUGGUGAUGAAAGAAGAUAUAAAUACGCCAAGUACAAGUAAAACUAAUACAAAUAGUGCAAAUGAUGAGAAAUGUAUCAGUAAUCCAAUAAAAUAUGACACGAAAGCACCAAAUUCUACAAUAUUGAAACAAGAUAUUAAUCCAGAAAAUGCAACAAACAAUAAUGCAAAAUCCUUGGAGAAUUCAUUACAACAAGAGAUAAAAUCCCCGAAAAAGCAUAUAGCAAAAGACAUUCACAUAUCCAAAAAACGAAUUCCCUUUAAAGUGAACAUUAUUAAAAGAAAUGUCGGCCAAAAUGUAAAUUUACAGAAGAAUAAUUUUAGAAACCAUGAAAACACAGAAAAAGUAUACAAGCCAAAGACUAGAAUAGUCGAUAAAAUGAACGCUGAGAAAGCUUUAAAAUUUAUUACAACGGAACAAAAUCAAAAUAUGGUAGAAUCGAAAAUUUUGAUUAAACGUCAGAAUGAUUCAAUGACGUUGAAAGAAGGCUCUAAAAGUGAUAAUAAUAGUAAUUUAACAACAUCGUCCAUUUCAGUACAAACUAAUAAAACAUCACUUGAUGUUGAUAUUAAUGGCGAUAUUGACAUUAACAGAAGAAAUACUACAGAUCAACCUGUCGGGUUACUUUUCGUAGCAAAUGAUGAUAAAUCUAAUAUCACGAAAAAGUGUACUGAGGAAACUACCGAGAAUGAAAAAAAGGGCAAUAUUUCGGCUCACGUACAACAAAUUUUCAGAGAUUCGUUGAGAAUAAAAGAUCAACAAGUAAAGGAAAAUAGAGCUAGAAAAUCAUUUCCUAAUAAACCUCGUAAUUACCCGCAACAUAUUUCUCCUUCAUCGAUAAAUACAUUAUCCAGUCCGAUCGAGUCUACUGUUCAUACGUCUACUCAUCAGGCUGAAAAUUGUGUCGAGUACCAAAUGUUGCCCCCAGAAGCAGGUCCUAUUAGUGCCCGUUUAUAUCAUGAUGCUCAAGAUUUAGCCACAAAAAUGGCUAAAUUAAUGGAAGAGGCAUAUAAGGAAGCAGCGUAUGAGAAUCAAAAUUGUGAAAAUCGUAAUAUGUCCGAAAAUCAUCAAGCGUCAGUCCAUUUUUUAAGAUUACAGAUAGAACGAAUGAGGUGGCAACACCAACAACAAUUAACAGAAUUAAAACACAACACUGACAGAAUAUUAAGAGAAAUGAAGGCAAGCCUAGAAGCUGAACGAUUACGUGCUGUCGAGGAAACUCGUAGAGAAGCCGAAGAGGGGAUGUUACGUUGUAUCGAAGAAAUCAAACGUAAACAAUGGUGUGCAAUGUGUGGCAGAGAAGCAUUAUUUUACUGCUGUUGGAAUACUGCAUACUGUGAUUAUCCUUGCCAACAAUCACAUUGGUCAGUGCAUAUGAGAACAUGCGCUCAACAACCUUCGUUCACUACUAUUAUUACUAGUUCUACUGCAAAUUCAAAUCAGCAACAGGUGAUGCCCAGACUUAUAAUAAAUGCACAGCAUGUGGCAUCAAACAUGUGGAGGGCCUAGAGCAUACUUUAGUAAUCAUAAUAUCAAAAUAAACAGACUUACUAAUAAGACAUACGAACUGCCUUAUGACAAACAGCAUGAGAUAUCGUGAUUUUUAUCUUUGUGUUGUUCUGAAACUGAAGGUAAUGGAAAUUCAUCAUAGCGUACGUAUACUUUAAUAUAAAUGGACACUUCUUAUAUAAUAAAAAAAAAUAAAGAAAAAAGUCGUUCAGUGCAAUUAUAUUACAGCUUAAAAGGUGAAAAUUUUUAAGUGACAAAAAUAUUGAUGAAAAAAAGUAAAUCAUAUUUGUAUUUCAUUUUGCACACACGAUCUAUACUUGUUUUGUAUAAAAAAUAGAAAAAUAAAUGAAAAUGUUAUGUACAGUAUGAUAUAAAUAGCUUUUGCCCAUUACAUUUUUAAAAACAAUGAGGAAGAUGCCCGUCUACCUUUAUAAAAACUACAUAUGUAUGUGUACCCAAUUUACUUAUGUAUAUAAUACCAGGUAAUAGUUAUUUAUUUCACUCCAAAAUUUUCAAUAAUUAAAUAUCGCGUUCUUCUGUACUUUUCUGUUCUCUAAGUAUUCUCACAGUUUUUGUUUCAUAGUCAGAUUCUCCAGGGAGAGUGUUUUUAUGUUUCAGAUAACGCAAAGUUGGAGAGUUUGCCAUAUCUAAACUUUUCCUCGUAUAUCGUUUAAAAUACUAUAAAUAAAUAAGUAUUUGCAAAUUUAUCAACUUCUAAGAAGUAUCAAUUAUACCUAUGAAUUUUUGAUAACCUCUACAAUACAUAUCAGCGUUAAUGGUCCAAAAGUGUAAUAUAUGAAUUAAAAGAAAUCAUUAAAAAGGAAAAGAUACACAAAUACGAUGAAAUGAUGUUUAAAUCUCUUCUAUUGGUAAUUAAUUACAUAUCUCAUAGGAUCGUACUAAAUUUUUUGUGGUUUGAGUUUGUUUCAGAAUCCAUUGUGAAUUCGACAGAAGAAGACUCUUAUUGGUUAUAUUCCAUAUACAUACAAUAUAAUGUCUUCCUCCCUUACAUAGUCUCCCAUCCAUUUUUAAUAGUAUUUAAUUUUUUAUAUAUAUAAGUAACUAUAUUCAUAUACAUAUAAUAUUCGUAUUGCAAUUGCGUUCUUCAUAAUUUAAAAAAAUUUGAUUUUAAUUUCAACCAUAAUUAAUGUAGUAAUUUUCUCCUAUGAAUUAUUAAGAAGUUCAUCAAUUGCUUCCCCUUAUUGCUUACGUUUAUAGUUUACAUGUUUAACAGGUUUAACUUCUCGAGUUAAAUAUACAUAAUUCCUGUUUCCUCUGUAGUAAAUCUAGAGGACAUAAGAAACACUCCGAUUUUUUAUCAGGUCGAUAUUACAAAAUGUGAGACACAAAGUUCCGUUUAGUGUUACACCUAUAUUGUUUUUAGUCAAUGGUUUCCAAAAGUGACUAUCCAAAGAGAAUAUUUUCGGGAAUUCAACCAACUGGAAACUUGCAUUUGGGAAAUUAUC